GAAGAAGAGACAUUUAAGCAGAGGACCCUGGGGUCCCUCAGUGAUGACCUGUUGCGUGCCAAACAGCAACUCUCCACAGUCACAAAGCAGCACACCGCCUGCCUGGAAGAGUUUCUAGCGAGCCAAACUCUGGUCAGCUGGGUCAGAGAGAACCUAAAGGACAUGAGCGAUGUGAAGGUGUAUGUCGACCUGGCUUCCAUAUCUGCUGGAGAGAACGACAGAGAGAUCGACCAGGUGGCCUGUUUCCAUGACGCAGUGAUGGGCUACGCUCCUCUGCUCUACUCCCUGUCCCCCCGAGCUGGAUUUGAGGGCUUCAUGAGGUGUGCUCAGCAGGUGUGGGACACCCAAAACAGAGAUGAGAAGCUGCCAGACAAACUGAGAGAGUCGACUCGCCUGCUGAGCUGGUUGAAAGAAAUGAAGGAGACUCAUGGCUCUGUGGAGCAGUCCUCUCUGUCCCUGGCUUCUUCUAUUAAUGCUCAUGGAGUUUAUCACAUAGGAUGGUCUGAUCUCAACACGGAGAAGAGAUGUCUACAAAACAUGGUGCAGGUCACAGUGAAAAUGGGACGAGAGGAGAAGAGCUACAAGCUUGAAGACCUGCUGGAGCUGCAGAACAAACUCAUGCUCAUGUCGUCUAAAGGGGAGCACGGCAGAGAGCAAGUCAACAGGUUCACUGAG